AAAAAGUGUCAAAAUGACAUAAUAAAAUCUUACCAUAGGUGUCUGUCUAGAAUGAACAAAUUUUAAUUGAGAUGUUUAUGUGAAAAUUUGUGCCAAAUUUAGAAGGCUACAGAUGAAUUCCGCCAUUUUCAAUAGAAAGGGUUUAUAACAUCUUUUAGUCCAUAAAUUUUUGGUUUCUAAUCAUAGAUGUGAAAACAAUUUUUUUCACUUGAAAAUUUGUUUGUGGUUGAUGAAUGAAAAAGGUAAGUUUAUCAAUCCAAAUGGAGUGGAAGAAAUGUAGAAGAUUCAUAUUAGACUUGAGUUAUAGAAGUCGUGGUUAUGUGAAAGACAAUUUACGAAUUUAGGGUUUUUUUUCCCUUAUGUGGUAUGUGGUUGCAUUUUCUUUGCAAAUACAUUAUUUAUCUUUAGUUUCUUCACUUGGUUUUUCCUAAUUAUUUCAUUCUAUAUGUUUAUUAUCUCUUUCACUUUAUAAAAAACGCGAAGAAACAGCUACAGGAACGCUAGAGAAAUUGCCAACUGACAUUUUGAUGACUAGAAUUCGUCCUCUUAAUGUGAGAAAGAUAAAUAUCAGUUCUCCUAUUCUUGCUGCCAAAAGUAAUUUCUUUCUUAAGGUGAGAGAAUACAGUACAUUUGUUGUUUUUUUCAAUUGACAUUCCUUUGUUAUUUGAUUUCAACUAUUUGUUUUCUUAUUAAUUAGUUGUUCUCGAAUGGAACGGAAGAGCAACAGUAUGUAAUUAUGCAAAUUCACGAGUUUUUUGUUGAUUGAAUGAAGUAAUAAAACUAAUGUGCGUUUUAUUGAGCAGAAGAAGCGGCUGUGAUGGAGGUUUAUAUAUUGCAAUAGCUUAUCAAGUAAAACAGCAAGUGGUCUUGUGGAUGUGCUGAUGGCGGCUGAUAAGUUUGAGGUGGCGUCUUGCAUGAGAUACUGCAGCAAACAACUGCAGAAUCAACACGUGACAACUGAAACAGCAUUGCGCUAUUUGGAUCUUCCUUCCAAAGUAGUAAAUGUUGAUGCAGUUCAGCCAUUAGCAGAUGCGGCUAAACUCUUUAUUAUCCUCCGUUUCAGGGACAUAAACAAGUUUGAAAACGAGGCAUUGAGUUUGCCUCUUUCUGGAAUUAAGGUUGUUUUGUCCAGUGAUCUUCUUCAAAUUGCAUCAGAGGAUGCUGUCUAUGAUUUUGCGUUGAAGUGGGCUCGUAUGCAUUACCCUAAAUUUGAGGAUCGAAGACAUGUAUGGACCUCACAUCUUUGUUUCCUCAUUCGAUUUCCAGCCAUGACAUGCACCAAGCUGAAGGAAAUCAUGACGUGCAAUGACUUUGGUUCGGAGCUUGCUUCAAAGUUUGUCUUCGAGGCUCUUUAUUACAAGGCCGAAGAACCUUAUCAGCAGCGUGCAAUGGCUGCCUAUUGGGUAGACAAGAGCUUUUCCUGUCCGCACAUUGCAACCUAGACCAACAAGGCGUUGAACAUUGCUUGGGGUUGUUCCUCGGUAUGCAAGGGGAAGAGUCUGAGCCAAUUGCACUGGAUUACGAGUUUUCAGUGCGUUUGAGACCAGACAACGAAUUUCUCAGCAUGUACAAGGGAAGCCAAUUGCACUGGAUUACGAGUUUUCAGUGCGUUUAAAUAAUGGCAUCGUCCUGGGGUGUCGCAACCUUUGUGAUAUAAGUUGGACCCCUUUUCUCAAUGAAGAUAGUUUGUAUUUCAUCAACGGAGUUCUCCAUAUUCGUGCUGAGAUUAGUGUGAUCAGGGAAUGAAUUAUUUGCAAAUUAGUAAAAUCAGACUUGUUUAGUAGUUCUAGUGACUUUGGAUGUGCGUAUUUAAGUAGUUUCUAUAACGUUCCAUCUAUGCUUCAAAUUCUGUGGAUACUAUUUCUGCAUACAAAGUAAAUGUUAGUUUUUAAUGUUAACAUUCUCUUUAACUUUUGCUAUGUAUUAUGAUGCACACUCUACUCUCCAGGAGGAUCACCAGUGUUCUCACUUACUAUCCAGCAUGUCGGCUAUCAAGUAUUAUACAAAUAACAAACAUA